GCUAGUAGCCGAGCCAUUUAAAAUCAGCAGGUUAGGUUACAACUUGGGGAGAGAAUCUAAAAGAUGCUGAUGCAAAGCUCAUCACUAUUUUUAUCGAAGCCUGCGUCGGUAAAAGCACAGUACAACACAUCCUCCGUUGAUUCCAACACCAUGGCUGCCACCGUCCCCGGCCCGAAAUGGGCUCAGAAGACCAUUACUCUUCCUCCCCAUCGGCGAGGCUGCCAUCUCGUUACGUCCCAGAUAUUGAAGGAAAUCAGACCCGAUUUAUCUGAAUUUAAGUGUGGCCUUGCUCAUCUAUUCCUGCAACACACAAGUGCUUCGCUUACCAUCAAUGAGAAUUAUGACUCGGAUGUUCGUGACGACACCGAGACCUUCCUCAACAAAAUAGUUCCAGAGGGAAGGUCUGCGCCUUGGAAGCAUACGCUAGAAGGCCCUGAUGACAUGCCCGCCCAUAUCAAAUCAUCAAUGUUUGGCUGCGCCCUAACGGUUCCUAUUACAGAUGGAGAGCUUAACAUGGGAACUUGGCAGGGCAUUUGGCUUUGUGAGCAUCGCGAUGCUCCGACAGCUCGUAGAGUGGUGGUGACCCUCAAUGGCAUAUGAGGUGUUAAAUAUGGAGAUGCUAUGUUCGCCUCAGGCUGUGUAAUGGUGUUAUAUUUAAGAUGGUUUCAUAAUCACUAUCUUUAAUCUGUUGUGUUGCUUUGUCGAAAUAACAUCGACAAUAAGAUGGUAUAGCAAUGAGUUUGUAAUCAGUUGUGAU